GGGCGGGGCCCGGGGCGGGCAGGAUCUUGGGGGUCUGCAGGAAAGGCCGCGCAGCGAGGCUGGGGCUCGGCCGGGAGAGGGUCCUUCGUGGGGGAACCAAGUUCUGAGGGCUCAGGAGCCGGAGGCCGGGGAGUGAAUUCCGGGUUGAGUGCGCGGAAGGGAGCCUGGGUUGAGACAUGGCUACUGAUUACCAAGCAGGGCACAUGCAACUGCCCAGAGCUGAUGCCAUUCGUUCGCGUCUCAUGGAUACUUUCUCUCUCAUAGAGCAUUUGCAAGGCUUGAGCCAAGCUGUGCCUCGGCACACUCUCCGGGAGAUACUUGAUCCUUCCCUUCAGAAGAAACUUUUGCUGGGAGAUCAGCAUCAGCUAGUGCGAAUAUCCAUAAAGCCUCGACAUGUAGGACGAAUUUCACAUGCCCAGCGAAUGUUGAGCAGGUUGCGUGUGCGCUGCAGUCAGAGGCCACCUCUUUCCUUGUGGGCUGGAUGGGUUCUUGAGAGUUCUCUCUUCACAAAUUUCAUCAUCUUCCUCAUCUUCCUGAAUACAAUCGUACUAAUGGUUGAAAUAGAAUUGCUAGAAUCCACAAAUGCCAAACUGUGGUCAUUGAAGCUGAUUUUGGAGGUGGCAGCGUGGUUUAUCUUGUUUGUUUUCAUCUUAGAGAUCCUUCUUAUGUGGCUAUCAAGCUUUUUCCUCUUCUGGAAGAAUGCCUGGAAUGUAUUUGACUUUAUUGUUACCAUAUUGUCUUUGCUUCCUGAAAUUGUGGUGUUGGGAGGGGUAUCAGGUCAACCUGUGUGGCUCCAGCUGCUAAGGAUCUGCCGGGUGCUGAGGUCUCUCAAACUCUUUGCACGAUUCCGUCAAAUUCGAGUUAUUAUUUUGGCCCUGGUGAGGGCCCUCAAGAGCAUGACCUUCCUCUUGAUGUUGCUGCUCAUCUUCUUCUACAUUUUUGCUGUGACUGGUGUCUACUUCUUUGAGGAUUACACCCGUUCAACUCGCCAGGACCUGGUGUACAACGUGUUCUUCUCAGACCUGUUGAAUUCUGUAGUGACAGUGUUCAUUCUCUUCACCUUGGAUCAUUGGUAUGCACUGCUUCAGGAUGUCUGGAAGGUUCCCGAAGUCAGCCAUGUAUUCAGCAGCAUCUAUGUCAUCCUUUGGUUAUUGCUUGGCUCCAUUAUCUUUAGAAAUAUCAUAGUAGCCAUGAUGGUAACUAAUUUCCAGAAUAUCCGGAAUGAGCUGAGCGAGGAAAUGACGCAUCUGGAGGUUCAGCACAAAGCUGACAUAUUCAAGCGGCAGAUUAUCCAGAGGAGACAAAACCUGUCCCCUGAAGCACUGAGGUCAUUCCAUAGCAAAAUACAUACCAGAAAAACCAGUAAACAAAAGGUAUCUUCGGACUUUGAAACUUCUGAAGGGGAUCACAUAGAGACUGAAUCCAGUGUUGCUGCUGAAGAACCGGCAGAGACUGAGCGCCGUGCUGCUAAAGAUACGGCAAAGGCUAAAUCAAAAACAAAGAAAUCUGUUCCCCGAAAAAAAGAGUACCCAUCUGCCUCCUCUUCUUCCUCCUAUUAUUCUGUGUCUCCAGGAAUCAGAUAUUCUGAUAAUAUUGAUAAGUUGGAUUGGGAGACUCUUGUGCACCAGAAUCUACCUGGGCUAAUGGAUAUGGAUCAGGAUGACCGUGUGGUUUGGCCCAGAGACUCACUCUUCCGAUAUUUUGAGUUGCUGGAAAAGCUUCAGUAUAACCUAGAAGAGCGUAAGAUAUUACAACAGUUUGCAGUGCAGGCACUGAUGAGCUUUGAAGACAAGUAAAGCCUUCAAUGGAUGGUUUUGAAAUCUUUGGGCCCAGCAGAAGAUAAUGAAGGGAAUUCUCGGAAAUAGAGAAUUCAAAAUAUAAAUGUCUAAUAAAUACUGCUUUUGAGUUAACUAAUUAUGUUUCUGAGACAUAGGGACACUGAAAGCAUAAGGUCAGGCAAAAAAAUUAGUUCAGUUGCUCAUGGUGCCUGUGCUCCUUGCCAUUCCUUUCUCUCUACAGCUCUGUUUUAUUUUUUUAACUUUAUCAUUUAAUCUUGUAAUCUUCUACCCUUCUUGCAACCUCUACUUUCCCUAAGGCAGUCUGUAAAGCACUCUGUGGGAAGAGAUUCUCAGAGCUGUUGUUAGUACAACAAAAAAAUGUUGUUUCCAUUGUCUACUGACAUUACUUCUCUUAUGCACAAUUAAUGUUAUUUUUCUUUCUUUCUGAUCUUAAUUGGUUUUAUUUUGAUUCUAGAAUCAGGCAGUAGUCUGGACCAAAAAUUGUUCAGAUGCUCCCCAGGCACCAUUAAUUUCAGUCAGACAUUUUAUACCCAUUUCUGUGCUGAAAGAUAUAUUUUUUUAUUCCAAUUUUUUACCAUUGCUCAGAGCAGUAUUCAAAUCAACAUGUUACACAGAUUUUUAGUGUUAUGAAGGACCUCAGACUUAAUCUAUCUCACAUCAAUGCAGGAAAACCUUUGUGUGUAUGUGUAGUGCUGAGGUUGGGCCUCCUGUAUGCUAGGCAAGUGCUCUACCACUGAACUACAUCCCCACAGGAACAUCUUUUAAAACCUCAUUGAAAAGGUGAUUAUCUAGCCAUUAGUUAUUGUUAGUAGUUAUUGGUGAUUUACUACUAGAAGAGAUCCUAUUUCAUUAUUGGAUGACUCAACGAAGUUGAAAUGUUUAUUAUUAAAAAUUCUAUCACUUGAGUAUUUGACAUGGAUGGAAGGUAUAGUAUUAUGAAUAUUUAUAGUUUUUAUAAAAUAUAGUAUUAUGAAUAUAAAUAAUACUCUCUAUAUGGAAUAUAGGUAUAUAUUCCAUAAGAUAACCACAUAUGAAAGAUAUUUUUCUCUUAUUUUUUGGAGAUAAAAUUGAGACUUAAAAAAAAUUAGUAAGAUUUAAAAAAAAGUAAGGCUGAGCUCAGUGAUAUAUGCUCAUAAUACCAGAGGCUAAGGCAAGAGGAUCCCCAAGUUCAAGGUCAGAAAAUUUAGUAAGACCUUUUGUCAAAAUAAAACACAAAAAAGACUAUGUCAGAAUUCAGAGGUAGAGCAUUCCUGGGUUCAACCCCUAGUACUGCCAAAAAAAAAAAAAAAGUUGCCCAAGGGCACAUACCAAAUUAGAGACAGAAUUAAGAGUCUAAA